AUGUGGACAUACCGACGCCUGCUGCGUGUGUCAUGGAGGGAGCACAAGACCAACGACUGGGUUCUAGAACAACUAAGAACAAACCCAAUGCUGAUGAAGCAGAUAAGGAGGAGAAAGAUGAAGCACUUCGGCCACACCAUCAGACAUGACAGCCUGGAGAAAACCAUCAUGCAGGGCAUCACGGCAGGGAAGAGACCCAGAGGGAGACCGCUCGGGACUGUGUACACUGAGGGAGGGAUGGUGGAGGGUGAAAACAUUUGCCUUGGAUUCCCUCGUCACAUGGACAUCUUCAAAGGAAUUCCCUUUGCUGCCAUGCCUGGAAGGUUUCAGAAGCCAAAGCCUCACCCUGGUUGGGAUGGUGUUCUAAAGGCGACUGAAUACAGAAAGAGAUGUCUUCAGCUGACCCUCCUUCAGACUGACACCAGAGGCAGUGAGGACUGUCUUUACCUUAACGUCUGGGUUCCUCAUGGCCGCACAGUGUCUAGUAACUUGCCUGUCAUGGUGUGGAUCUACGGAGGAGCAUUCUUGGUUGGAGGUUCGAUGGGUGCUAACUUCCUGGAUAACUAUCUCUACGGUGGUCAGGAAAUUGCAGAUAGAGGAGAUGUUAUAGUGGUGACAUUGGGAUACCGUGUAGGAACCCUGGGCUUCCUGAGCACAGGAGACUCUAGUAUGCCUGGAAAUUAUGGUCUGUGGGACCAGCAGGCUGCCAUUGCAUGGGUGCACAGGAACAUUCGAUCAUUUGGAGGAAACCCUGACAACAUCACCAUCUUUGGAGAGUCUGCAGGUGGAGCCAGUGUUAGUUUUCAGACUCUCACUCCUCACAACAAAGGUCUCUUUAAGAGAGCCAUCUCCCAGAGUGGCGUUGCUCUUUGCCCUUGGGCAAUCAACAGAGACCCCCGCAAGUUAGCUGAGGAGAUUGCCCUGAAAGUCAACUGCCCCACUGAUGAGAAAAUGGCUGCCUGUCUGAAGAUGACCGAUCCCGUGGUCCUGACAAAGGCGGGUGACACCAGUCUGUUCAGCAGUUCCAGCAGUCCGAUUGUGUUCAACCUGCUCCUGUCUCCUGUGAUUGAUGGCGACUUCCUGCCAGACGAGCCUCAAAACUUGUUCAGCAACGCUGCAGAAAUUGACUACUUGGCUGGAGUGAACGACAUGGAUGGACAUUUGUUCACCGGUUUUGAUGUUCCAUCGGUCAACUCUGAUGUGUUGUCUACCCCUGUUGAGGAUGUGAAGAGACUCUUGGCUUCCUUCACAAAGGAGAAGGGCCAGCUCGGUUUGGAUAAUGCCUACUCCACAUACACCCUAGACUGGGGAUCAAAUCCCAGCAAGGAGAUGAUCAAGAAAACUGUUGUGGCCAUUGAAACUGAUUACAUCUUCCUGAUUCCUACACAGAACGCCCUUUAUCUUCAUGCUUCUGCUGCCACAACUGGACACACCUACUCGUACCUUUUCUCUCAGCCCAACCGUUUGGGGGGCCUUGCAUUGCCCUACCCUAGUUGGAUGGGAGCUGACCACGCUGAUGACUUGCAGUACGUGUUCGGGAAGCCUUUUACCACGCCACUGGGAUACUGGCCUAGCCAUCGUGAUGUCUCCGGCUACAUGAUUGCAUACUGGACCAACUUUGCCAAAACUGGAGACCCUAACAGUGGAGACAUGAAAGUCCCUGUUUCCUGGCCAAAAUUCACCACCUCAGGACAUCAUUACUUGGACAUCAAUGCUAGGAUGCACAAGGACAAUGUGAAACAGAUGAUGAGGACACGCUACGUUCACUUCUGGUCUAGUGUCUUUCCCAACCUACCUUCAGUCAAUUCAAGAUCGAGAUCUUUCACGGCCAGCGAGGCUGUGCCAGUGACCGGCCCCGGUCCAAGCAAGAGAAGACGCACAGUUAACAAGAACCUCCGUGAAUUUGCAGUUGAAGAAACCAUUGGGCAAGCACAGAGUGACAUAGACGAAAAGACCGAGUUCAAGAGGGUAUUUUACAGUGUUAUCGAUGCUGUGCAAGGAGAGAUGGAUGUGCGUUUUGGAGAGCGCAGCAGCGAGCUCAUGGGCGCACUGGCUGCUCUGGAUCCAGAGGCCGAGAAUCAUUUCCUGGACCCAUCAAAGGUAACCCCUCUACUGGAAUUAACUGGAGCUGAUGCAGGCGUGCAGGAAGACGUUUUUGCCAGGGGGUGCGGGGUGCUCUCAAAUGAGGCUUACAAGGUUGUGGAACAGAAACAGCAACCACGCUGCAGCCCCUGCCGCACCCCCACUUCCGGCGCCUAUGGCUGA